AUGUUGAAAAACGCUACGAACCAGGAGGAAAACAUUAUGUCGGUCUAUGUGAUCGAAGUUAAUUGGUCGAAUUCUGAAAAUCUAUUUAUUAUCUAUCGACGCUAUAACCAAUUUUUCGAUCUUCAAUGUAGAAUAUUGAAUCUAUUAGUUGCGACAGGAUUAAGAUCAAAUCAUCGUAUUCCCUAUCUUCCUGGUAAAAUUAUACUCGGUCGAAGUCAAAUACAUCAAAUUGCUGCGGAACGAAAAACAACUCUUGAUGAAUAUUGCCAGAAAUUAUUUUCAUUACCUGAACGCAUUACUCGAUCUCGCCCAAUACUUGAAUUUUUUCGCCCAUUAAAAACUGAUAAAGAAAAACCUAUACAACUAAAUGUGGAUGAGAGUAAAUUAAUAAGCAAGAGCUCAAUAGAUAUAAAUAACUCAACGAAAUUGGCGACUUUUCGAUGUAUACAAGAUUUCAAUGCAGACGACAAAAAUGAAAUGUCACUCAAACAAAAUGAUAUUGUUGAAGUACUUGACAAUAAUGACAACGGUUGGUGGCUUGUUAAAAAAGGUAAUCAAGAAGGUUAUGCACCAGCCACGUUUUUAGUAUCAACUGAGUUACAUCAAAAUAAUCAUCAAGAAGAAUCUUUCAAUAAAUCAAUCAUUACAAAAUAUGUUGUUAAUGAAACAUACGACGCAAUAAUGACGGAUGAAAUUUCAUUACUUAAAGAUUCAUGUGUAACAGUGAUUGAAAAAUCUGUGUUAGGUUGGUGGCGUGUUGAAUUUAAUGAUAAUAGUGGUCUUUUCCCAUCAGUGUAUCUAACACCGUGGGACAUGUUACAUACUCCAGACAAUCCUACAAUCGAUACAUCUGAUGUUACUACUAAAAUAAAAGAAUUAGAUAACUCUGAUGAUUCGGAUUGGGAUGAUGAUGACGAUGAUUACGAGUAUAGCAAAGAACCAAACAAUGACACUAAAUUUGAGUUAUAUUAUGCACAUAGUGAUUAUUCUGGUAGUACGGAAGACUUUUUAUCGUUUCGACGCGGUGAUUGUAUUGAAAUACACGAUAAAACUCUCGGUGGAUGGUGGCAUGGACGACAAGUAAAUGGUGAGAAAAUUUUGGCAUGGAUUCCAGGAAAUCAUUUACAAAAAGAACCAUUAUCGAAUGAAACGUCUGACGAUAGAAAUGAUCCCCCAUCUAUUCAUUCUGAAUGUGAUUCAAAUGUUUCUGAUAUACCUCUCGAUGUUUCAGCGAAUAAACAAGAAGAAAAAAUAUUAGCAGAUACUGAAGAUCAAAGUUUAGAAAGUCCUCUGUUAACAGAAAUCGCUUAUGCCGAAGUAAUACAAACACCACAAAUAGCGGAACUAAAAAAGGUUCAUAACAAGUCUCCUGUGUCCAUUUCUGCUUUUCAAAAUAAUAACAAUGAUAAAGACUCAAAACCAAAAGCAGUAAAGGAACUUGUAAACCUAUUUAAUCAACUAAUAGUUUAA